AUGUUUUCUAACCUCAUUGGCCACACUCGGGCCGUUUUCCCUCAAGCGAACUCUAAUGAUCACAUCGGUACUGACGUUGGCGACUUCGAUCAAACCCCUCCUCCAAGUUCACGCGUAUCCGUGGACGUGCCAAGAAGCGAGGAUAUGGGAUCAGAGGCUAUCAAAGAGUUAAGAACAAACCAUGACACCGCAUCUCUUGGGCAUCUUAAAUCACCAUUGACCGAUUCGAAAGUUUCUGGCACAAAUAAGCUGACACCUCUUACGAAGACUUGGCAAUUCGAACCCUCGACAGAAACAACAAAUACUCUGGGCGCUAUACCUGCCCCCCCUUACCACAAAACUUCUUUAUCACAGGACGGGAUGGCAAUACAGCACAGUCCUUUAGAAUCUUCGUUGGGAGGCCAGGAUGAUCACGAAGUUGAAGAUGUUCCACGGACUACGGGCAUUCUAUGCGCCGAUAAGGACCUAGAGUCAUCAUCAGGCGAGAUUGACCAGUGGCCAACCUUCGAACAGGACUCGCCUAGAUCAAGGAGUAUCUUACCGAACAAAGGCUAG